GCAGUUUCAAAACAGCAAAGAUUUCACUGAAUUCAAUAUACAGUGAUCAGAUGACAAUCAAUGCUCUGCAUGAUCUCAGCAGACUGGAAUGCAGAAAAGGAUUUAUUCCAGUUCACCCGAGGUCGCUUUGUAUACGAGGAAACCGAUCAAUUAAAACAGCGGUACAUUCAGUUCGAUCUCAAGCAGCUUGGUGAGAUUGCUGCACAGGCAGUCGGUGCUGCACGAUGCGUCAAAAUUGAGAAAUGUCCCGAUGGCCUAUACAACAAGGCCUACAUCCUAACUAUGGAUACGGGUAAAGAAAGUCAUUGGGAAGGUCCCGAACCCGAACGCUGGCAUCGAGCACUACACCACAGCCAGCGAGGUUGCCACCAUAGAUUUUAUGCGAAAUGUUUUACAGACUCCGGCACCGCAGGUUGGACCGCGGCCAAAUUUUCACAGUUCGGAAGCCUCUACUACUGCCAGGACAUCGAGUCAGCAGCACCGACCCAACUGUACGUUGAUGAAGCAGGGUACUCUGUUGAUAGUUCCCAAUUCACUGUAGGCCCUGCUGUUGGCCGAGAAUGGGUUGAUGAUGGCAGAUGGAAUCUGCGGGGUGAUCGUGGCCCAUGGUGGUCCAUUCUUGACCUUCGCUCAGCGAUUGGGUUUCGAGAAGCUACUGCUGUCAGAACAUCCCAGCAGACACAUAAACAACUUGUGAUGUUUUAUGGACCCGGAGUUCAUCAGCCGUCUGCCGCGAAGAAACUUGCAGCAAUCGAGUCAUACUCCCAAAUUGUGCGCGUCCUGCUACCCAAGGAACCGGCCUUUACCACAGGCCACCUCUGGCAUAAUGAUCUCCAUUUGGAAAACAUAUAUGUCAACCCUUCCAACCCCAGAGAAAUUCUCGGCAUUAUUGAUUGGCAGUCUGUUCAGAUAAUGCCUCUAUUUGACCAUUGCCUGGACCCAGAUUUCAUAGGCUAUAAGGGACCAGACGUAGGAGAUGAUCUCGAACCUCCUAUAAUACCUAAAUAUGUCGACGACCUCGAUCCGCCUGACCGCGCCAUUGCUAUAAAACAAUUCUACACCAAGUGCCUCAUGAUUGCAUGGCGGACGGUGGUGAAAGCCAAGAACCCUGCCCAAUAUAGCGCCAUUCAAUUCAGGGGAUCUAAAGCCGGCCAUCUUGGACAUCUUAUCCAAAAUAUUGCUGUGCUUGGUGAAGCGCAUGCUCGAGCGUUAUUGCUCGAUGCUGCUGAUAUGGGUAUUAAAGUUAUGGUUACAAUCAAGGAGCGGUUAGGGGACUUGUGGCCUGAACAGGGCCUCAUCGAGCACCAGAAUUACGAAGUCGUGAUGAUUAAAUUGAUGGAGAUCAAAUCCGAGCUCAUGGAUGCGCUUGUGAAAAAUGAGGAAGAUAGGGAGGUAUUCUUGAAAUAUUGGCCGUUUGAUUGCUGA